AUGUUAUAAUUACCUUGUUUUUAGCAUGAUAGAUCCCUCAAAAAGUAUAUUCUAAUUGGUAAGAAAGAAACAAAAUUAUUAUGUGAUUCUUGUUUAACAGAACUAACCUAAGCAGAUUAUAAAUUUGAUCCAGAAGAAUUAAUCCAUGUGAAUAAUGUAUUUAUUAUAGAUACCCUUAGGCCUAUAGAACUCCAGAAACUCUACUCAAAAUAUUAAAAAUAUCAAAGGAUAUAUUGAAUUUUGUAUUAUUAUAACCUAAUUAUGAUGAAUUUUAACUUAAUCAUUAAAUAAAAAUACUUGAGAAAAGAGUGGAAGAAAUAAAUCUAUUUCUCUAAGGAAUGAUUAAAGAAUUAAAAAGCAAAGUGAAAUUUAUCUUAGAACUUAAAUAAAAUAUUAGUGAUGAAAUAGAAAAUGUAAUUUUUAUUAAGAAUUAUAGGAAUUUCAAUUUAAUAAUUUUAAAUCAAUAAUUGAAAAUUUGCAAGAAUUAAAAGAUACUUUAACUGAUCAAAAUUUAAACUAGAAUUAAUAAAGUCUGAAUAAAUAUUUUAAGACUUUUUUGGAAAAAGAUGUAGAGAAACUAAAUCAGAAACUUUAUUAAAUAUUAGAAAAGAAAAGGGUAGAGUUUGAAAAAUAAGAGCAAUUCUAAAAAUUGUAGGAAUAUUUUAAUAAUAUAACUGAUAAACACAAUCAAUUAAUUUAAUAAAUUCAACCUAAUUUUCCUAAUGUUGUUAUUAAUUAUAGAUAAAACAUAGAAUUAUACAAAUAGAAAAUAUUUGAGAUAAUAGUUUAAAGAUCAGAAAAAAAAUUAAAAAGCACUGAAUUAAUAUAUUAAGGAUCAAGAGAUGGAUUAUCAAGUGAUUAAUUUUGGUAUUAUAUAAAAGGUAGAUCUAAUUUAUUGAUGAUUUUUCUAUCUAAAAGUGGUUGUGUAUUUGGUGGAUAUUCUCCUUGUUUAUGGAGUCCCACAUUUACAGGUAAAUAUGUUUAAGAUGAUCUAUUAUCAUCAUUUUUAUUUUCACAAACUCAUGAUUAAAUUUAUCCUAUAAAGUAUAAUUAGAGGGAUAAAGCAAUAUAUUGUAAAUAUGAUUGUGGACCAUGUUUUGGAGGUGGAUAUGACAUUAAAAUAUCAUCAGAUUUUUAAGAUGGAUCAUGUUAUCAUCUAGGAAACACUUAUAAAUGUGAAUAAUAUUUAAUGAAUAAAAAAACUCAUUUGUUUGGUUAAUGCAAACCAUAAAUUAUUGAAUGUGAAAUAUUUUAAAUUAAUUUGCUAUGA